CUCCCAUGGAAUAGUCCCAAAAGUGCAAACCACACCAAUCUGGCGCUAAAGAAAGGCUCAAUCAAAUGCUCAACCUAUUUGAAAGAAAUCAAAUACUAUUUGAAGCCACUCCACACUUCGCUUACUUAUUAUGGAUUUAUCAGCAAUGAUCUUUUCUUGUAGUUUCUCAAUAGCAUUAGGGACAUAUGAUAGUAAGCUGUCAGUGCACUGAAGUGCCUACAGAGUUGUUUCGUAAUAUAACCAUGGUUUCUCAGUAUGGUAAUGUAGCAAUGGUGCAAUUUCUUCCUCUCCUACUCCACUCACUCAAUCCCCCCUUGAUUCACUUUCUCUUCCUCCUUGAGAGGAGAGCUGAUGUCACAGGGAGGUGGCGGUCUGCCCAUGUCUAUAAGUACAGGCACCACAGAGGGAAUCUCUAUAUGAAGUGGAGCUAACCCAGCUGAGCAGUGCUGAGAAAAGACACUGCAGGAGAACAAAGAAACACUAUCGACUGGUGUACCUUUUUAGUGCGCUCAAACAGAUGAAGGAAUAAGUGAACUGACAGACAGACUUCUCUCCUCUGGACUCAGGUGCAGGCUCUGGACAGUAUAUCAUCACAGACACUAGGUAUCUAGUCUAGAAUUAACAACCUGUAGGACGGAAUCUUUAUCUCUAAUUUAAAUUGUGUAAUCUACACCUUCGGGAUGUUUUCUCUGGUUAGUUUGAGACGGACCGUCUCCACACUGUUCGUUCUCCUCUCCAGUGCUGCUGUCAUGGUGGAGAGUGACUGUCUUACCCAGUGCUCCUGUGGCCCCUCACCGCCAUCGUGCCCAGCGGGCAUUAGUUGGGUAACAGAUGCCUGUGGCUGCUGUAAGGUGUGUGCCAGGCAGUUCAACCAGGACUGCAGCCCCAGCCAGCCCUGUGACCACAUCAAGGGCCUGCACUGCCACCUGGGGGCUGGGGGACACCCAGAGAGAGGCCUGUGCCGAGCGGAGGCCCAGGGUCGGCCCUGUGAGUUCAACGGGCGUGUCUACCAGCAUGGAGAGGACUUCCAGCCCAGCUGCCAGCACCAGUGCAGCUGCAUGGACGGGGUGGUGGGCUGCAUGCCACUUUGUCCCCAGCAGGUACCCUUGCCCGACUGGCGCUGCUCCCAGCCAAGGCUGGCACGGCCCUGGGGCCGCUGCUGUGAGGAGUGGGUCUGUGAUGACAAAAAUAACAUCGGUGAGGACCCAGAGGAACCUCCACAGGCAGCCCUACCUGACCCACAACCCCUCCCAAACCACAUCAACAACCAGCUCCAGGCCCAAACCCUGGCCCAGCCACACUAUCAGGCCAGCACUGGAGUCACCUUUAGAGAGUUUGUGUCCCUCCCCAGGUCCCAGGUGUUGCUAAGCGCCAGAUGCCUCCCUCAGACCACUGAUUGGACGGAAUGUUCCACCACGUGCGGGAUGGGCAUCUCAAGCCGGGUGACCAAUAACAACGCAGAGUGUCGGCUGGUCAGAGAGACACGACUCUGUCAGGUCCGCCAAUGUGACCUGCCGCUUACCCCAGCAAUCAAGAGGGUAAAGAAGUGCCAGCGUACAGUGCGGCCCCAGGAGCCAAUCAGGAUCAACUUUGCUGGCUGCUCCACAACACGCCGCCAUCGACCUCACACCUGUGGCUUCUGUGCGGAUGGGCGAUGCUGCACCCCUUCACUGACCCGCACCGUCCGCCUGCGCUUCCAAUGUCCCGACGGAGAGGGCUUCACACGCAACGUCAUGUGGAUCCAGAGCUGCAGCUGCAAGAAGAGCUGCCACAAUCACAGUUCCCCCUCAAGGCCCUCUGUCAGCCUGCACAAUGACAUCCACAACUUCAGGCACUGAGGCAGGCUUAGGAGGAUGCCCAACCCUAGCCUCAACACACUAGACAGGGCUACUGCAUGCUAACCUCUCCCCAUCUUCCACCCACCCUCUGCCCAGGGAUAGCCCUGCCUUUCAGUCCCUUCCUGGACACCAGCCUCUCCCUCCUGCACCAGCGCCAGACUAUGGGAGAGAGAGCCUCGGCUAGGUGGCCGUUCCAUCCAACCAGGCAGAACUAUCGCUUGCACUUUAAGCUUCCUGACACGUUGCAACAAGUUAUCUGAUAUGGGAGAUGUGGAGCAACUGCUCUCCACAUCCAGGUCCAGUGUCCCUUCCCUGUUGAUGACACAGUCACAGAACUGUUCUGGUGGAGGGGGAGGGACAGCACUGAGCACAACAGACUAUGGAUGGCCUGAUGUGACUUUCUUGAUGUAAUUUUGAACUUGUAAAUUAAUCAGUUUGGUUGUCUGCUUUUCUCCCUCAUUAUUUAUAAUUUGUAUUUGUUAACAUUGUCAAGUUCCUCUAUAACCACAGAGGAACAAGGGAAAAGGAAUGUAUAUGUAUGUAUGUGAAAGACAUACAUCACUUUUUGUCAUAAUAGAGAUGUGUAAAUUAGUGAGACCAGUGAAUGUGUAAGGAUGUGAUGAGUGACGACCAUGGGCAAUCUCAUACAUUCAUGAAGUGUUUUGUCUGAUACAUCGACGGUAGAAAGAGGACAGGAUAUCAUUCUACAAAUUCAUCAAUGAUUGUAAUUAACUGUAUAUUACAUUGUGUAAAGGUCAGUGUUUAUGUGUGUGAGAGAAAAUGAAAGGGCGAGAAACAGAGUGUUUACAUAUGUGUAUUUGUGUCAUAUGACAGAGUAUAGUGUACAGACUUCACUCUUAGUGGAGUGGCAAUUGAUGGAGAUCACCUCAUUUUCCGGGGUGUGUUUUUAUUGCCUCAUAGUAUAGAGACUUGUACUGGAGGGAAGAUUGUAUUUGAUAUAUUUAAGAUUUCUAUAUUGUUUGAAUUCUUAUCAAUAAUACUCUGAAAAAUUGAAUAAAAACAUUCAACAUGU